UGCCACCUCCUGCCUGGUGUGUGCAAUCAUUUUCUGUGGCGCGAUGGGUGGGAGGUGCCACAAAGACGCCCACCUGCAAGCACAAGGCAAAGCCGCCAUGAGGGUGAGCUGAGCUGCAUUGUUCGUUUUGUAUAUGAAGAUUUCUCUCUUGGCGAUCGUUGAUGUUCGUUAAUAGCUAGUAAUAUUUAUCAGCAGUCACUGAACGACUCGCAUAGUCACUGAAAUCGACUGAUUAUUACUAACGGCGGUCCUUGAUGGCCCCUGACGGGCACUGACGGGCACUGACGGGCACUGACGGGCACUGACGGGCACUGACGGGCACUGACGGUCUCUGACGGGCACUGACGGGCACUGACGGUCUCUGACGGGCACUGACGGGCACUGACGGUCUCUGACGGGCACUGACGGGCACUGACGGUCUCUGACGGGCACUGACGGUCUCUAGUCUGCGGCAGUAAGCGUCUCGCGGCGGGCCGUCGAACCGCGCCGAGGGGGUCAUGGCGGGGCUCCGCGCGAAGAUAGAGUCCCUCGUUACCUCCAGAGAACGCUGCAAGCAUCGCUCCUAGAGCAGCAACUUGACGGGUGCAUUUGGUGCCCAGCCCAUGCUUUUUUAGUGCGCCGGCUUCGCAACCCUAACCCACCGAACCACUUGCCGCUCGUGCGCUUGCGCGUGCUCUUGCGCGUGCUUCUGCUCCUGCGGCUGUUCGUACACGUGUUAGUAUGCGGAUGGGGAGAACAGCCGGCAGCACGCCAGCAUCCCCUCCCCCGGCAGAUCGCUCGCCCUCCGCCACCCCAGACUCCGUCCGCGAGGAUAAUUCACCGCUGGUCCGCCUGUGCGCGUCCGGCCGCUCCCGCUCGUCGUCGGAAUUCCCGACGGUCGUGAGCGACGGACCACGAGCGGACUCGGGAGGACGAGGGGUAGGGGGAGGGGGAGCGGGACGGGGAGGCGGCAGCAGAGGACGAAAGGGAGAAGGCGGAGGAGGAGGAGGCGGAAGCGGAAGCGGAGCGAGCUCUCGGGUGAGCCGGAGGCAGCCGUCGUCCUUCUCCGCUUCCAUUCCGCUCACGCACAGCGCGGGUAGCGAUCCCGACGAUUUCGCCUCGUCCCUCCUCGAAACCUCCACCGUCUCCUCCGAAUCCUCCCCUUCCGCCGCGGGCGGCGGAUCAACCGCCGGGGAAGGUGGCGCUUAUUCCGGGAGCCUGCUUUCCCCUGCUGCUGCUGCUGCUGCUGCUGCUGGCGGUGGGGCAGCUGGUGUGAACGAGGAGGGCUCGUUUGACCGAGCACCCGGAGCAACGCCUGCCGCAGCGGCCGCCGCAGCGCCUGGUAGGUGGAAGCAUGGCGCGCUUAUGGCUCGCUUGGCGGGGUUCCGGGGAGCUAAAAGUGGCGCGCCUGUCGACGACUCUGCGCUAGGUGAUUCUGCUCCUGGCAGUGGCGCUGCUGCUGCUGCUGCUGCUGCUGCUUCUGCUGCUGCUGCUGCUGCUGGGGAUGGGGAUGGGGUUGGCGGUGGGGUUGGGUGUGUGGGUCUUUCAGGUAGGGAACGUGUGUCAGCGGCACGAGCGGUGAGGGGGUUUAAGGGCAGUUUCUCUUCAGAGCAUGGGACGACAGACGAGCAGCCAGGGGGGCAUGGCGCACUGGUGGUAGAAACCGUGGCAGUAGGAGAGGGGGGAGGAGGAGGAGGAGGAGGAGGAGGGAUAGCGACGGACGGGGAAGCGAUUUCGGGGCAUCUAGAGAGUCAACCGCAGGCGGACACGGAGGGGGAGGCGCAGGCGCGCGCGCGGAGCAUAUUCCGCAAGCCCCCCCCGCUCGUGGCGGCGCGGAUGCUGGCGGCGGAGAGAGGCGCGGGCCACGCGCGCGCAGCCAGCGCGGACCUUGCUACAGUCGCCGCUACAGCCGUCGCUGCAGCCAGCGCUGGGGGAACGGGAGGCGCGGAGGAAGGGGGGCGCAGCGGACGCAUCUCCCGCGUUUUCAGGCGCUUAGGGCUGGGCGGGUUUGAGAGGAGCUUCUAUGCUAAUCCGUUGCCGCUUUCCGCGGAUAGGAAACGGCUGCACAAGCCGGCUGGCGCCGCCGUUGCUGCUGCUGCUGCUGCUGCUGGCGUGAGCGGAUUAGGCCGUGGGAGGGCAGAAGAGACAAGGAAAGACGAAAAAGAUUUGAGGCGAGAGGAUGUUGGGGGAGACCCUGCUGAAGAGGCAGCAGAGGCAGACGCAGUUGAAGCAGCAGACGCAGCAGAGGCAACAGACGCAGCAACAGCAGCAGAAGCAGUGGAAUCAGCAGCCGAAGCAGCAGCAGCGGCGGGAGUGUGGCCCCUGGGGCAGGAGAUAGAAGUGGACGUGGUGGGGGACGACGGGGAGAGCAGAACCAUCCCCGCGCGCCUGGUGGAUGCCACAGUGGUGCACGAUGGGCCGGGGGGGCGGCGGGUGAUGGGCAGAAUAGUGCUGGCCACUGGGGAGGUGAUGAUGGUGGCCGUUGAAGAGGAGGACGGCGGGGGAGGGUGGAGAAGCCGAGGCGAGAGGGAGAAGGAGAGGGAGAGGGAGAGGGAGAGGGAGAGGGAGAGGGAGAGGGAGAGGGAGAGGGAGAGGGAGAGGGAGAGGGAGAGGGAGAGGGAGAGGGAGAGGGAGAAGGAGACGGCGACGGAGAAGGGGAAGGGGAAGGGGAAAGAGAAGGAGAGGGAUCGAGCGCUGCGGGAGGUUCUGGAGAUGUCUAAGGGAAUUGGACGGUCGAGAUCGAGCAUGGCUAAGCUGAUCCAGCGGGCCAGGGGUGGUGCCGGGGAAGGGGCGGGGGAGAAGAGGCGGGGCUCUAGACUGCGUGGUACGUCCCAGAGUGGCAUGUCUUGGAGUGGGGUUGCUGCUGGUGGUGAUGGUGAUGGUGGUGGCGGUGGUGGUGGUGGUGCUAGUGCUGCUGCUGGAGCAGGGAUGGAGGACGAAAGGGAUGAAGUUGCUGGGAAGAGUGUGACACUGCCACUGGUCAGGGAACCGGGGGCAGAGGAAGGGGAGGGCGGUAAGGAGAAGACGGGAAGGUCAGCAACGGGGCUGGGUGUGGAAAGGCACGGUUCGGAUAAGCUCGAGAGAAGGAGAGGAGCAGCGGAGGGCAGGGAGAAAGGGAGGAAGGGCGAGAAGGAGCGGGAGAAACUGGGCAGGCGGCAUUCGGUGCAGGGGGACGGGGGAGAAGGUGAGAGGGAGGAGGCGAAGGAGGGGCGGGUACGAGAGAGAAAGGAGCGGGUGAAACGAGACAAGGAGAAGGACGGGGGAGAGGACACAGAAGGGAGUAGGGGCGAGAAGAAGGCGAAGGAGAGGAGGAGCAGGAGCACCAUGAUGGUUAGGGAUGGGUCGGAAAAGGGGUCGGAGCAUGGGAGUGGUAGGGAGAGGCAUGGCUCGAGCUCGAGAGAAGGGCAAGGGGGUGAGGUAUCCCGGAAGACUAAGGUAAAGAGCAAGGAUGGUUUGCGCAGUGCGAGUGUGAAGAGCAAGGAGAAGAAGGCGGGACGCGAGGGGGCAGGGAGGAGCGCAGGGAGCGGGAAGCAGCGGGAGAAGAAAAGUGCAGCAACAGCAGCAGGAUCAGCAGCAGCAGCAGCAGCAGCAGCAACAGGAGCAGAAGCAGCGCGGACGGAAGCCAUUCCUAGCCCGGCUGAGUUCAUGGCCCAAAUGGGCGUGUCUGACGACCUGCACAUGGUGGCAGUGGAGCCUCUCUUGGUCAGCGACGCGCACGUAGGGGACGAGUUGGGCGUAGGCGUAGGCAUGGGCAUGGGCGCGGGCGCGGGCAUGGGUGUAGACUUGUGGUCUCCGCACAGCAGCGAGGGCACCGAUGGGAGCAGGCACGGGUCGGAGCAAGGGGCCGUGGCGCUGGGAGGAGGUGCAGGAGCGCAAGGCGGGUUCGGAGGGUUAGCGGUAGGGGCAGGGGCAGGGGCAGGGGCGGGGGCAGGGGAGAAUCCAGAGGCGCUCGCUGCGAGCCUUCGCAGGGCGUGGGUGCGAGGGGGAGGGGGCGGUUCGCGGCUGAGUAUCCAGCAGCGGGAGCGCAGGCGCGACAGAAGCCGGUCCCAGAAGGACGCAGCAUGGUCCUUCCCUGCCAUGCCGGACCUAGAAGCUGCUGCUGCCAGGCUCGCGGUUGACACGCAGGGGGAGGGGGAGGAGGAGGAGGAGGGGGAGGGGUUGCCGCCGCUGCCGGAAGGGGAUGCGGAGUUGGCGGCUGCGGCGGCGGCUGUUCGCGCUGCUGCUGGGUUCGGGGGGGAGAGUGAGAGUGAGAGCGAGAGUGAAGGGGAGGAGGAGGAGGGGAGGAGGAUAGGGGAUGGUAUGAUUAGUCCGUUGGUGAGCCCCAUAGGUGCUGCUGUUGCUGCUGCUGCUGCUGCUGCAAUUAGGAGCCCUGUUAGGAGCCCUUUUAGGAGCCCUGUUAUGAGCCCUGUUAGGAGCCCUGCUUGCAGCCCUUCUAGGAGCUUUGUUGGGAGCCAAUUACCCCCGUUAAGCCCUGCGAGGAAGAGCUCCAUGACCCAAAGCCCUGUUGCCAGCCCAAGUGGCCGUCGCCGAAGGGGGGGAGCGGAUGGCAUGGGUGGGAUGCUGUAUGCGCAUAGGAGCAGCCACAGCUCCUCCCCUCACGGCGUUGCAGGGGGUAUGACAGGUGGAGGAGGAAGUGGAGGAGAAGAGGAAGCGGAAGACGAAGACGAGAAAGAGGAGGAGGAGGAAGAGGAGGAGGAGGGGCAGGAGGUGGUGCCUCCUUCCAUUGGUCGCACUGACUCCAGUGGUGCUGUAGCACUUAUUGCCCUUGCCUCCACUGCUGCUCCCACCGCUUUAUCUGCAGACCCUACCGCUGCAGGAGCACUCACUGGUGCAGCAGCAGGUGGAGCAGCGAUGGGUGGGCCUCCGUGCUCCCGUGCGCUCAACCCCUCAGCGGCAGCAGCGUCAGCGUCUGUCAUUGCCGCUGCGGUCGCAGCUGCAGCAGACGCCCGCUCCCGCACCCCUCUCCGAGUCGCCAUAGCCUCCCGGCAGGGAGCCGCCUCUGGUAGAGCCGCCGCUGCUGCCGCUGCCGCCUCUGCUGCUGCUGCUGCUGCUGCUGCUGCUGCUGGUGGGAGUGGUGGGGGGGGCGUGAAGCAGGGGGGGAUGCUGUGGCAGCGUAGGAGCAGCAGUUUUGGAGCCAUGGAGCUGGAGGCGCUGGUGACGCGGAGAGGAGAGGACCCUUGGGGCAUGGGACAGGCAGGACCGCUUAGCGCUGGAGCCAAGGGUGCUCCUGGUGUUGCUGGUGCUGGGGCAGGAGGAGGAGAGGCAGGUAUGGGUUUCUCAUCACACACAGGGCCGCUUUCUGCCCGUGCUGCUGUUGGCAGCAGCAAUGGCGGCAGCAGCAGCACGGGGUCCAGACUAAGGGCUAUGGCGGGAGCCGCAGCAGAGGGCAGGGGUGAUGUUUCCAACAGGCUUUUGGCUGGAGAGGCGAGGAUGCGGGAGGGCGGGAGCAGAUGGAGGGAUGCGAGUACUGGCGGGGAGGAGAGCGAGGAGGAGGACGUCGGUGGAGGGGGCAGUGGUGGGGGCCUUGGCAUGCGCCUCCGUGCGCGGUUGAGAAAAGAGAUUCCUAGCAGAUUGGGGAGCGGGGAUUGGGGAGGAGUGUUGGGCGGGCUUGGAGGGGCCAAGGGUGGAGGAGGAUGGGGGUUACCAGGUGUGCCUCGGUCCCCCCUGCGCAAGAAGACUAUGGCAGAAAGCGCUUUGGGAGUGCGGGAAACAGUGGGGAGGGCAGCAGUGCCAGUAGCAGCAGCAGAGCCAAUGGCAGUAGGAGAGCCAAUAGCAGCAGUGGCAGCAGCGGCUGUUUCGCAGGUAUGGCCAGGUGAGGGACCUGUGGGAGUGGGUGCAGGUGCAGGGGAUGGUAGUGCCGUGCUUGCAUCUGCUGCUGCUGCGGCCGUCGCUAGUGCUGGUGCUGGUGCUGGUGCUGGUGCUGGUGCUGGUGCUGGUGCUGGUGCUGGUGCUGGUGCUGGUGCUGGUGCUGGUGGCAUGAGCGGAGGUAGCCCCGCCCGUAUGAGACCACCUGCUGCUCCCACUGCUGCUGCCGCUGCUGCUGCCGCUGCUGGUGCUGGUGCUGGUGCUGGUGCUGGUGCUGGUGCUGGUGCAUGUACGGACAACUGGGAAGAGGAGAGAGGUAUGUUUGGCAGGGUAGCUUCAUUUGGGGAGGCAUGGCCGGUGAGAGGGGCACGGAGAGGGGAAGGGCAGGAGUGGGAACAGGAACGGGCGCAAGAGGAGAAGCCGGAUGAUGUCUUGCAAGGGGCUAGGGGGGACGCUGCCGAUGCUGCUGCCGAUGCUGCUGCUGCCAACGGUCAUGCUGUUGCACCUGCCGCUGCUGUUGCACCUGCCGCUGCUGUUGCACCUGCCGCUGCUGUUGCACCUGCCGCUGCUGUUGCACCUGCCGCUACUGUUGCACCUGCCGCUGCUGUUGCACCUGCCGCUGCUGUUGCACCUGCCGCUGCUGUUGCACCUGCCGCUGCUGUUGCACCUGCCGCUGCUGUUGCACCUGCCGCUGCUGUUGCACCUGCCGCUGCUGUUGCACCUGCCGCUGCUGUUGCACCUGCCGCUGCUGUUGCACCUGCCGCUGCUGUUGCACCUGCCGCUGCUGUUGCACCUGCCGCUGCUGUUGCACCUGCUGCUGCUGUUGCGACUGCGUCUACUUCCUCUGCUGCUAUUGAUACGGAUCCGUUGUUCCAGCAGGGGCAGCAGCAGCAGCAGCAGGUGGAGCAGGGGGGAUCAGAGCAGGGAUCAGUACGGUCGGCGCAGUCAUUGCUGCUAACGAGAGUGAUGUCCGAGGACGAAGGGCAAGGGCUGCCACGAGACGACUCUGUCAUCAUCCAUGAGUUCAACAUGGUGGAGAGAGAAGCAGGAGGUGGAGUGGGUGGGGGGAGGCGGGGUUUAAGGAAAGUGGUGCAUUGGGGGGAGGAGAAGGCUGGACGUGUGUGGGAGGAUAGGGAGGGUGAUCGAAGAGGGGGAAGUACAGAGGAGGAGGAAGAAGUGACGGGGGAGGAGGAGGAGGAGACGGAUACUGAAGAAGAAAAAGACGAGGAGGAGGAGGAUGACGACGAAGAGGAGGAAGAGGACGAGGUGGUGGACGAGAUGAUGUUUGUUCGAUCGCUCUCCACAAUCCGACGGCCCGAAAUCGUGCGGCGGAUGAGCAGCGUGCGGUCGAUGGGCGUGGCGGCAGCAAGGACCCGCGAGUUUGGGAUAAUCGGCAUGGCGCGAGCAACCAUGCAGGGCUGCCAGGAGCACUGGUCCCGCCUCUUCCUCCACUACCUUGAGAUCUCCCUGCAGCUGCCCUCCCCCACAUCCAGCGACCCUAACACCAGGUCCCGCUCCUGGAAAGAACACGCCCGGAGCAAGGGGGGUGGGGGUGUCUUCGCCGAGGCUCCCCCCCAGCCUCGGUCGCUGUCGGGGCUGUUUGCCUCGGAUGAGGGCGAGUGGCUCGGGAGUGCCGUGCCGGUGGCCCGGAGCGUGCAGAGGAACCCCAACUGGACCGCGGCCUCGGCUGUGAGGGAGUAUGAAUGGGUGAGGAGGAAGUUCCAAGGGGCGUCUGGGAGUUGCGAGCAGCUCACUGAAAGCCAGGUGAGGCAGCUGUUUGCGUGUGGGCUGGCUGUGUGGCUCAAGUACUGGGAGCAGUGGGGGGAGGAGAAGCCCGACUGGGCGUAUGAGCUGGAUGACUGGUAUGGGAUGGAGGACGAGGGGGAGGGGGGGGAUGAGGACCAGGAGCAGCACCCGCCAGAGAUCAGCCGGCGCCCCUCUUCCUUCUUCUCCUCCUCCUUUGCCCACUCCCUGCGACGCCGCGGCACCAUGGGGCGCACAGGCACCCUCUCCGGACCCACUGCAGCUGCCGGUGGUGCUUCCGGUGUUGCUGCUGGUGGUACCGGUCCCAUGCCUUCCCCUGUGGAGGCUCGGUGGGGGAUCCAAGGCUCUCUGCAACACAGACUGGCAAAGGAAGCUCUGGCAGGGGCAGGGGCAGAGGCAGGGGCAGGGGGAGGUGGGGGGGGUUACCUGCAAGGGGUGAUCUGUAGGCAGGACGAGGUGGUGCUCCUGGUGGGGCUGGCUGCGUCCAUUGCACCCUGGCAGCCGUCUACAGCAUGCAUGUGCCUGCUGCACCUGCUGGACCGACUCGCCUUUCUUGAAUGUGCUGCUCGCGCUGCUGAAGCCGCCGCUGCUGCUGCUGCCGCUGCCGGCUUGGGGAACUUCAGUAUUGCUGCUGCUAGCCCUGCUGGUGGUGGUGUUGGUGGGGUUGGUGGGGUGAUUGGGGGUGGUGGCAGUGGUGUCUUGUUUGGAGGCAAUGGCGGGAGGAGCAUGUCUCCUCGUUCCGGUGCCAGUCGAGCCUCCCUCUACUCCCUAGCAGCAGCAGCAGGUCCUGCCUCUGCAUCGCCCCGCACCACCACCCCGCUCAUCUCCCCCAGCGGCACGCCCCGGGGUGUCGGCACUCUUGCUGCCGCCGCAGCUGCUGCCACUGCUGCUGUUCCCCUCCCGCAACAAGCGCCGUCGCUCGCAUCCCCUCGCUCCGCGUCUCAAGUGGGGAGUGUGGGGAGGAGAGGGGAUAGCCAGCCCACGUCUCCCACGUUCGCACAAGCACAGGGGGAGGGUGCUGCGGCUGCCACUGCUGCUGCUGGCAGUCUUGCUCGUGUUGGCUCAGAUGCUGGGAUGGAUGCAGCUGCUGACAAUGGAAAGCACCACCACCACCACCACCAGCACGAGCAGGGUGCGACUCACAAGAGGCGCUUCACUCUUGCUCUAGGCUCAGCUCUCCUCAACUCGGCCUUCUCAAGCUUCCAUACAUCGGGGUCUGCUGCUCCUCCUCCUCCCCCUGCUGCUGCUGCUACUGCUGGCUCUGUCUCAUUCAAUACUCCCGGCCCUGCAGCAGCAGCAGCUGCUGCUACUGCCAGUACUGGCCAGUCCACCACCACCUUCCCUCCCAGCGUCAGUGGCAGCGGCACUAGCAGCACGAGCGGCUCCGUUCCCCCUUCCCCUGGUUCUUUCCCUCGAGACAACCCUCUGGACUCCCCCCUCUCUGUCACUGGCCUCCCCCCUCUCUUCGACCUGCUCCCCUCGGCACAUCUCGCGUCCUGCCGUGCCUUUGUCAUGAGCUGCCUUAGAUCUGUUCUCACAGCUUGCUACGACCGUGCUGCUGCUAGUGGCAUGCUGGGAGGGGGCGGAUGGGAAGGUGGGGGGGGAGGAGGGGCGGGAGGGUCGAGCUCGAGGCAUGAGCUGGUGAUGCAGGCGCUGUUGAAGCAGCAGCAGGAGCAGCAGCAGCAGGAGGAGGAGAUGCAGAGGAAGCAGCGGCUGGGGCAGGGUCAGGUGCAAGGGGGGGUGCAAGAGGUCGGGCAAGGUCAGCAUCCACAGGCACAGGCACAGGCACUACAACUUCAGUCACAAUCACCAGCACCAUCACCAGCCCCAGCACUGUCACCCGCACCAGCAGCAUGGGCGCCGCUCCCUCUCUCUGCGCUGGCGGAGAUCGCGCUAGCUGAAGGCAUAGGCCAGGCGCGGCACAGCAACCUAGCAGAGCGCUGCGAGGAGAUCGACCGCCUCUACUACUCCUUCGGCUUCGGCCCGGGCCUCGUGGCAACGAACCUAGCCGUGGAGGCUCGGCAGCUGAGGCACCUCCACCCAGAGGAUCUCCUGGCCACGGCACGGCACUGUGUGCGCAUGGGCCUGCAUGAGGCAGCCUUCCAAUUCGGCAUGGGGGCCGUGGCCACCGGGAGACUAGGUGUGGAUGGGUUCAGUCAGGUGAUCUCGAUGGUGUUUCACGGGCGCGGGGUGGAGUCGGUUUCAGCGCGGUUCGCGCGGCUGGCUACGGCGAUCAAGGCUGCACCCGGGUCAGCCAUGGCUGCCGCGCCGACAGCAAUAGCAGCAGCGGUGACAGCUGCUGUGGCGUCGACCCUCGGCCCCGCUGCCAUGUCACAUGCGGGGCUGCAGCUACCAGCACUGCCGCAACCGACGCCCCCCCCGGUGUAUAUCGGGCAGUUUGCGGAUGCGAUGCUGAGGAGCACGCAGCUGAAGCAGCGGUUCCCGUGGGCGUAUGAGGUGACGCUCAACUUCCUGCGCAUGAACCUUAGGGGCAGCCCAGGGGCUGGUCCUGGCAGCGCCGCCGCUGGUGCGUCUGCUCUUGCUGCUGGUGCUGCUGCAGGGACUGGAUCAGCGUCAUCAACGGCAGCAGCAGGGCGUGCCCUUGCUCCUCCUGUUUCAGAUCAUACUGCUCCUGCUGCCCCAUCCGUUUCGUCUUCUUCCCUCUCCUCUGCCUCCUCUGCUACCACCAGUGGGGUAGCAGCACUGGAGGCACUAGAGCGGGAGCUAGCAGCGCACGUGGUGCUCAACCGAUGGCUGGGAAUAGGGUUACCAGGGAGUGGGGUGAGGACGGUGGGGCAGGCAGAGGAGCGGGCAGUGGAGGUGGUAGAGCAGAUAGCAGCACCGGAGCAUCAAGUGGGGUGGGGCGUGUGGCUGAGAGUGGGACGCAUGCUGGAGAGCGAGCAGCAGCAGCUGGCCAUGCUGCUGGAGACAAUGCAUGUGAAAUCUGUCAUGCAUACAUAUGAGCUCAUAGACGUCAACGGGGAGGCGGGCGAUUUCCUGGCCCUAGAGGCGUUUGAUUGGGGCCUGCAGGGGCUGCUGGCAUGCCUGGAGCCAUCGGACGGGGCGGCGGAGCUGGUGGAUCUGAUCUACCCGCUGGAUGAAGAGCGGGUGCUGCUGUGCCUCGCCAUUGCUGCGCGCAUGGCUGCCACGCACACCGUGGGCAGCGGGCGCAGAUGGCCCACGAGGGACCUGCCCAAGUUCGUUGCCGAGCUGCUUUCGCUGGCGGAGUCAUGGCGCAUGGAGAGCCAGCAGAUGUCGCGAGCUGUGAACGUGGUGACGCUGCUGUGGGGCUGGGCGCUGCCCAAGAGAGAGCAGCUCAUGGACCAGUGCGGGUCUGCUGACGAAGCAAGGGAGGUCCUGGAACGAACUGCAUCCUCCAUAUGGAGGUCCCUUGCACAAGGAGCUCAAAAGUAGUCGAACAGCGUGCACUCAGGUUAUGAGUGCUUCCUAUAUUUAUUUUCGUAGUACAGAUUUUUUCGUGCUGCUAUUUCCCAUUUCAAUUCUGGUAAAUUGUGUUACCACUAGAUCACCAUUUAUACCGCAUCACUCCUAGGAUGGUUGGUAAUCAGCUAAGGAUAUAUUCAACACUUCCUUC